UCUUGUCACUCGCUUCCACUUUUUGCAUCUUUCGGCGAGGACUUCUGAUCYCCCGAUGGCGAUUGAUGAAUCGGCAAUAUGGAAAAUUUGGAGGCGCGAAAAGUAUCAACAACGUCAACAACAGCAAGAAACCAGUUCUYGUMKGUCAUUGUCACUCACAGCAAGAUAAAUACACCGUUUGCCGAAACGCCAUCGUCAAAAGCACAACUGUUUGACUUUGCCCAAACAUUUAGAGGUGCAGACACAUACACCUGUAGCGAUAAGAACGAAGGAGUCUACCGAAAAGGUUUUGUGUCARAGCAGCUAUUACUCUUGUGAGCUGACAGAARAAGCAGUUUUGUCGAUAUUAAAAAGCAUCGAGCGACAUUCUAGGAGUAAUCUACAAGUAACAACACCUCAACCAUGUCAGCCGCCUUUUUGGUCGAAAGUCGAGGCACCCCCAAAAGGAUGAGCGCGGAAUUCAGCAGGGAGGUGGAAGAGGAUGGCCUCAAGUUCAGCGUCGAAAAUGCUGCUGAAGACAUCGUCARCACCCUCUUUUGUACGUAUGAGCCGCCUACAUCAAAAAAAAUGCAGUACAAGGCCGCAAAGGCCUUUCGCAAGCACCCCGAACGGUACAAAAAUCGGCCGCAUGUCCCAAAAAGUAUUCUCAAGUUCAAGGUACCCACCCCCAAGAUCUUGCGAAAAAAGCACCAGAAACUCGAACCGGAACCGGCGCAGGACGAGGGCCGCGACGAUAUCGACGGAGCCGUGCUUUCUACUACAACAGAUGGUGGUAAGAAAUCCGUGAGGUGGAGGGACCAGCAGAAACCCUACGAAGAUCGAGAAGAUCGCACCGAUAUUGAGAACACGGUUGCGGGUCUUGCCUCCAAGUACUGUGGUGGGGCGUUCAACCAUGGCGAUGACAUUGCCGAUAUUCUCUCGAGUCCGCAGGGACGGGCGGCCCAGACCUUCUUUGGGGGUCCGGAAACUCCCGGAAGCGUGGCCAACAUGACCUCGAGUUUGUUUGGGGGAACACCCGCUGCAGCGAACACUAAUGCUAAUAGUAGCAGUACUGGUUCCGUCCACACGGACACCAAGAUAUUCUACGACGACUCGGGGAAUCCCAUCCGGGAAGACGAUGUUCCAGAAGACGAAGAACAAGGCUCCUACUUUCCCUCAACGCCGAAGGACGCAGCCGCCUCCGUUGCGACAGAGAAUCCAGCAUCUCCACAAACCGCCACUCGACCUGGCGGUAACGAAGGGCAACCGAAUCUCUUUUGCAGCAACAUUCCCUUCAUGGAUACCGUCAUCACAGGUAUCGGGAUUGCCGGAGUCAUGGCCGCUUCCGCUGCCGUCAAGGCUGGGGUUCCCGAAAACUACUGUAACCGUGUCUACACAACGAAAUCCCAGAGAUCCGCCAGCCAAGAACAAAUCUCUGAAGAACUCAGGCAGGCCCAGGAAACCCUCGGUGUGUAUGAACCGGAGAGCUACGAUAAAGAGCCUGACCUUUCGUCGGGCAGCGGGCUCAAACGCCAAUCGACACCCCGAAACGUGCGUCGCAAGGGAACUCCACGCCACAUGGACCCCGAGGAUGAGCUCCGAGAAGAUGUCGAGGACAAUGAGACAGUUGAGGACCAAUCACAAGGUGGGAACAAUAACAGCAAUCCAUAUUCAAGUCGGCGCUCGUAUGUCAACAGUGAUAUUACAAUGGGCAAUACCACCGUCAAGCAUUUUGGCAAUGGAAACGCCAGUCUUUUCGACGAUAUGGAAGAGGAUGGUGCCAAAUCUCCUUCUAUUUCCGGAAGAUCUGGGCGGUCGCAGUUUGCGUCGAUGGUGGAAGAGCUGAAGCAUGUUCAAAAAGAGAGGCGUCUUGGAAGUUCCGUCAAGAGCCAUGAUCUCAAGAAGCAAACAACCAAAGAAAUUGACCAUCUCGGAGUUUGUGUAUCGUCCAUAAAGAACGAUUACCAAAAGUCCUGCAAGAGCCCCAAGCACUCAGUGGUGACUUCGAGCUAUCUAAAUUCUAUCAAUAAAUCUCCUGUUGGUAGUCAGUUCAAUGGUGCUGGCCUCCCUGCUACUCCAAACCAAAACCGUCAACUCUCGGAUCCCGAUCUCUUCGAAAAACGCACUGGUUCUGUGGCCAGCUUGGCCAAGCAGUUCGAGAGCCCACGAAGUAAUCGGCUCCCUAUCACUGGUCGCAAGAGUGUCGACCCGAGUGAAAGCCGAUUYUUUGRUGGAAAGGUAGACUUGUUACCUCCCACACCUAGAAGAAAGUCUCCCGAAACUCCAACUGGAUAUUCUAUGGUCGGAAAUAAACUCAAGGUGCACGACUGGGACACUCCUUCGCCGCACUUUAACAACAAGGGAACUCCUUCUCCACGUUUUUCUAGCAAUCGGUAUACGGUGAAAGAUAUGAUGAGUCCCAAAUCUGGAACCACGUAUAACACAGAAGCCGAGGUUCGGGAGGCACCCUCCUCGAUUUUAGACAAUGUUGCAACCCAAGACAGGCCCAAUUUUGGGGGCCAACGACCAGCAUCGCUCGUGACGGGUCCUGAAACUGUUGACGACGAUACUGUAGAAGAGAAGAAGGUGUCCAAAAAGAAAARCAAGAAAAACAAGAAAGGYAAAUCGAAAGAGCAACCGGGUAGGAGUAAAUCCUUCACCGAAAAACUCAAGAAGUCUGUAGAAAAGGCACAGAUCCGGGUCAAAAAUGCCACGAGGAAGGUGGAGGCGUCGAGGAUACCGGACAAAGAACAAGACACCCUUUAAUUUGAUGGUGCUGUGRUCGAAGUCGAACCUGACGCAUUAACUAUAAUUUGGUGCGGUACAGAGAAUUCACUCUGUAACGCCGCCUUGCUAUCCAGAAUGUGAAAGAAGAAAUUGUAUGAUUCGAUGACAUCCAUUGAAUGAAGGGUUAUAAUUUAUAAUCCUCCGACUUUUUGUUGCUACUGGCUAGCAUCACAUCCUCGUGCUUGCCGAUUUGCAUUGUAUUUCUAAGUAUAUUUAUUUCUAAAGAGGAGACGCGUUUGUUGUAACAAUAAUAUUAAUUCAAUUCU